UCGGGUUAACUCGCGGAGGGGCAGCCGUGCCGGUGUUUUAUGUAAUUGUACCGGUAUAGAGCUCAGGAUUGAUGCUAAGAGAAGGCUUGUCGCGGGGUGGGACUUGAGCCAGUGACAGGUGGAUCCAACGAUGUCCUUCCGUGCUAGACCGUCAGGAUUGAACGCCACCAUUGCCGCAAAGAUUGCGGGGAAGAGGGACCCCCAGAAAGAGGCGGAGGCCCAGGCCUGGAUCGAAGAGCUGAUUGGUGAGAAGUUUCCGGAGGGCGUGGCUUAUGAGGACGCCCUGAAGGACGGGGUCAUCCUGUGCAAGCUCAUCAAUGUGCUGGUUCCUGGCUCAGUCAAGAGGAUCAAUGCACAGAAGAUGCCUUUCAAACAGAUGGAGAACAUAGGGAACUUCCUGACGGCUGUCCAGGGUUACGGUGUGCCUGCCUCGGACCUGUUCCAGACCGUGGACCUGUACGAGAGGCGAAACAUCCCCGCGGUCACACAGUGUUUCUUCGCAAUGGGUCGUGUGGCCCAGACUAAACCGGGGUACGAUGGACCCAUCAUCGGGCCCAGGCAAGCGGCCAGGAACGAGCGUGAGUUCUCGGAGGAACAGCUGAGACAGGGAGAAGCUGUGAUCAGUCUCCAGUACGGCAGUAACAAGGGCGCAACGCAAGCUGGCCAGAACUUCGGACUCACUCGGCACAUGUAAACUAACCAGGAAUGACACAAGCGCUAACUCACCUGGAAUGCAAAGGAAACCAUAACUGUACUUGCUGUCCAUUCAGUAUAGAA